UAUGGCAGGCGCGUUCCCGUGGACCGCACCGUUAUUAUUCGACGAGCGACUGACAUCGAAACUACAAUGUCAAACAUUUUAAAGACUCUGAGCGCUUCCGUGUUCACGCGCGCAGGGAAUAAGGACCCAUCCUGAUUUGUUAAUAUUAUUAUUAUACCGCAACAUCUCCCAGCGAUCAAAUGAUAUUUCUGGACGCAAAAGAUUUAGAGAUCAGGAUGUAUCAUCUUUCAGAUAAGGUGGAAGUGUGAGAGAGAGAGAGAGUGAGUCAGGGAGAGAUGAUGGAGGUGAUCAGAAGAAAAGACUCGAACGGCCUGUUUUCAGACAACUCAGACAACGACUGUGAGGACAUGGGGGCGUGUGGACAGAGUACAAGUGUGUGUUUGUGUGAAAAUACACCCUUCUGCGAUCAGCACACACAGGAGGACUCCCGUGUGAAGUGUGUCCAGUGCGGGAAGAACAGACCCAUGAUCACCAGAUACUCCGAGGGUUACGGCACAGAGGAGGAGUGUUUCCAGUCUCAUCCUCAGGGAGACAGUGAUGCAGAUGCAGACAUCGAGGACACGGACAGCAGGCUCCAGAUUGCGGGUUCCCUCCAGCGAAUCAGCUCCCGGAAGAGGAAGCGUCAGCGACUUACGCGUCAGGACACGACGGAGAGCGAAGACGACGGUGGGCGGAGCCACAGGACUCACCGCUGGAGUCUCCGCCUCAGUCCUCAUCGCUCACACAACAGGACCAUACUGGAGGAGAGCGUGUCUCAGGUGCGUCCGCUGGUCAUCUGUCGCUGUGCCGCGCGAGACUCUCAAUCCGUGACGGAUGACAAACCCGCCGGGGGGAAGUGGCUCCUCACAGCGUUCCCCGUCCCACUGUCCCCGCCGGUGUCCUGCUAUCUGAUCAUCAUCCCUCUGUCCGUAUCUAUUAUCAUCGUUCUCAUGUCACUCCUCUUACUGCUCACAGACACCUGACCUCGCCUCAUAAAACCACUGUAUGAAGCACUUCAUUUCUCUCUGUACAGUAAUAUUACAUCAUGCACUUUCAAUCAAGACAUUUUUUUCAUAACUCUUUUGUACAGUGUUACCCAUUUCUGCCAGAGAAGAAAAAAAAAAUGCUUUGGUAUAAUAAAAUGACAUCCAAGUCAUAAUUAUAACAAAAAAGUAAAUUAUAAGACAAGUCAAAAUGAUUAAAUGAUUAAACCCAAAACUUUUCAUAAUUAUGAGAUAAAAAGUAAAAAGUGUGGCAUACUAAGUCAAAAUAAUGGCAUAGAACAUAAAAACAAAGUCAAAAAGUCAUAAUUAUGGAUUAAAAGUUAUAAUCAUGACAAAAAGUCAAUUAUGUG